AUGGCACCACAUGUACACAGCGCAGCAUGCUGCAGCAUCCCGCCUAUCGUCUCCAAAGGCUACCAAGCCAAAGGGGAAUACAAGACCAUCGGCGGUUUAAAAAAUUACGUCACUGGCCCCCCAACUGCAACUAAAGCCAUCCUCUACAUCUUCGACAUCUUCGGCUACUUUGAGCAAUCCCUCCAAGGCGCCGAUAUCCUCUCCACCUCGGAUAAGGACAACAGCUAUCAAGUAUUCAUUCCCGAUCUCUUCGAGGGCAAACCCGCAGACAUUUCUUGGUAUCCACCCGAAACCCCCGAGCAGGGCGAGAAGCUCGGCAACUUCUUUCAGACAACCGGCGCGCCCGGUGCAGCCGCAGCCCGCAUCCCUGCUCUCAUCAAGGCCUACAAGGAGUUUAAUCCUAACAUUGAGGUCUGGGGAGUGGUGGGCUUUUGCUGGGGUGGAAAGAUUGUUAGUUUGACAAGCGGGAAGGAUACGCCGUUCAAAGCCGCGGUCGAAUGUCAUCCUGCUAUGGUUGAUCCAGCGGAUGCGGAGGGGAUUACUAUUCCGCUUGCUUUGUUGGCAAGUAAGGAUGAGCCGGCGGAGGAUGUGAAGGCUUUUGAGGGAAAGUUGAAGGUGGAUAAGUAUGUAGAGACCUUUGGGGAUCAGAUACAUGGUUUCAUGGCUGCCAGGUCUGAUUUGUCGGAUGAGAGGGUCAAGGCUGAGUAUGAGAGGGGGUAUAAGACAGUAUUGGAGUUCUUUUCCAAGCAUUUAAGCAACAGCGGAACCGGUUCUAGACUUUAA